CGGGCCCCGUCUUCCGGCGGCCGCCCGAGUUUGUGGUGAUUGUUGCCGCCGCCGCCACCGCCCCGGCUGCCAUCUCCUCCUCCUCCCGGGCCGCCGCCUCCUCCUCUUCCUCCUCCUCCUGGGCCGGGCUGAUCCCCUCCCCGCUGCCGCCUCCUCCUGGGCUGGGCCCGCGGUGUCUCGUCCCCUCGCGGAGCCGCUCCUGCCGCCGCCGCCGCCGCCUCCUCAUUCAUCCUCGUGCACCAUAGGCGGCACAGGCACCAAGAUGUCCAACCGAGUGGUCUGCCGGGAAGCCAGUCACGCCGGGAGCUGGUACACAGCCUCAGGACCGCAACUGAAUGCACAGCUAGAAGGUUGGCUUUCACAAGUACAGUCCACAAAAAGACCUGCUAGAGCCAUUAUUGCACCCCAUGCAGGGUAUACGUACUGUGGGUCUUGUGCUGCUCAUGCUUACAAACAAGUGGAUCCAUCUAUUACCCGGAGAAUUUUCAUCCUUGGGCCUUCUCAUCAUGUGCCCCUUUCUCGAUGUGCACUUUCCAGUGUGGAUAUAUAUAGGACACCUCUGUAUGACCUUCGUAUUGACCAAAAGAUUUACGGAGAACUGUGGAAGACAGGAAUGUUUGAACGAAUGUCUCUGCAGACAGAUGAAGAUGAACACAGUAUUGAAAUGCAUUUGCCUUAUACAGCUAAAGCCAUGGAAAGCCAUAAGGAUGAGUUUACCAUUAUUCCUGUAUUGGUUGGAGCUCUGAGUGAGUCAAAAGAACAGGAAUUCGGAAAACUCUUCAGUAAAUAUCUAGCGGAUCCUAGUAAUCUCUUUGUGGUUUCUUCUGAUUUCUGCCAUUGGGGUCAAAGGUUCCGUUACAGUUACUAUGAUGAAUCCCAGGGGGAGAUUUAUAGAUCCAUUGAACAUCUAGAUAAAAUGGGUAUGAGUAUUAUAGAACAAUUAGACCCUGUAUCUUUUAGCAAUUACUUGAAGAAAUACCAUAAUACUAUAUGUGGAAGACAUCCCAUUGGGGUGUUAUUAAAUGCUAUCACAGAGCUGCAGAAGAAUGGAAUGAAUAUGAGCUUUUCCUUUUUGAAUUAUGCCCAGUCAAGCCAGUGUCGAAACUGGCAAGACAGUUCAGUGAGUUAUGCAGCUGGAGCACUCACGGUUCACUGAAGCUCUGAAUCCUCAGGGAUGCCACCUGCACAUACUCAUACUCUGUCCAGGGUCCCAGCCUAACCCUUACCAAGAUACUGGUCCUGGUUUGGGGGGAUUCUGAAACCUCAAACUAAUAGAACUUUCUUCUCUUCUUUUCUAGUAGGUGUAGUCCUUCCUUAAUUUCAACUCAUUAAAAAAAUGCUUUAUAGUUUAGAGCAGUGGAAGGAAGGCUGGCAUCAAAAUAUUUUGAUCAAAAAAAAAAAAAAGGCAAUGUAAAGGCACAGUUGUGGCAGUCAGUUUUUUGAAAGUAACUUGUAAAGCAUUUACCAUAUCCUAAAUUUGCACUCUUUGCAGACUUGUGCACAUAUACUCCGCUUUCAGAAUAGUUUUGCAAAUUGUACACAAACAAACAAAAAGGGUGGAAGCUUUUUAAUAAAGAAAUUGCAUUUAUAAAUGAUCUGUAUUAGAAUAUAAAAAUCUCCAGUUAUAGUCAAUUACUACCCGUGUUGUACAACAGAUACCUUCUAUUUUAGUUGCUAAUAA